GCCGCACUUUUAUUUUAGGGCUUUAGAUUUUAGGGGUAGAGACGGAGCGCUUUUUGACAGCCAAUUGUUCGCCUACCAUGCAUGCCUACGAUUACGAUUGCCUGUCACAAGAUGGACGAUUCCGUGUAUUGGUAUAAGAACACACCCGAAGUUGUACUCGCCCUGCACUACCCCAGUUAAUAAUUCUUCUACUAGAAUUUUUUUCAGUGUAUUCACAAGUGUCAAAUUUCUUUGUAUUUGUAAGUUGUGAACCCUUCAACUGAAGUAUGUCACACAUACAUCUACACUUUAUGUUGUUCAUGCGUAUGCUAUACAAACUAGAUGAACCAUCCUUUUGUACAACACUGGUUGUUCAUCUGGUUCCUGCAAACGCUGCGGAAAAUUUUCACUCUCUUCAAGCAUGGCUACCGAAAGCCCACAAACAACUGCAGCCUUCUCUAUUUACUUUCUUUUUAAGAAAUUAUGAAAACAGGAUCGUUACAAGCUCUUCGUAUCCGAUGGAAACUUCGCCAGUGAGGAACGCCUGGGUGGCUCCCAACGCGCCGGACUUUCUAUUCCUCGAUUUUCCAGAGUUUUCGGAAUGCCUGCCGAGUUGGACUACUGAAAUGCUGAGGAUCUACGAAGCCCCACAUCAGUGUAAGGAAAAUGGCAACGUAGGCCGUGGAGGCGAGAUAUUCCGUUACUACGAGUGCAUUCGUCGGAAGACGUUACUGUGUGAUGAAUUAAGUGUUAAAUAUUGUGUAAAGUGAAAAAUUGAGAAGAUUUGGGUAAAUAAAAUAAAAAUGUAUGAAAAUCUUAACACAUUGAAAA